CAUGGCAUGGUUCUCUUGAUAAUUGGAUAUACUUCAUUUUUGGUAUAAUGCCCUAAAUGGCUAGGAAAAACGGAUGGACGGCGUGGAUGCAUAAUACAUAUAUCAAGGUAGGCCAUAGAGUCUUGGGUGAGGCCGGGUCUCACCGAAUCCGCUCUCCUGUCAGUUACACGAAUAAGGAGGAACUUGGAAUUACCAAUCGCCGGUCUCUUUCUCUCGCCUCCUCUUCAAUGGCGACUCCAGCGAGAGCAGAAAUCCUAUCGCUCUUCCGCUCUCUGCUGCGAACGGCUCGAUCCUUCUCCAACUACAACAUCAGGGAGUACGCCAGGCGCAGAACCGCCGACGGUUUCCGCCAAAACCGCAAUCUCUCCGGCCCUUCUUCAAUCUCUUCCGUUUUCUCAGACGGAAAGUCUCAGAUCGAGGUCGCAAAGAGGCAGGCAAUCGUCUAUUCUCUCUAUGCUCCCAAGGCGAAGAGCGUCAUGGAAAUCACAAGCUGAUGAGGUUCUGCCGUCAUCUGUUAUCGGUAUCGACUCUGGUUUGUAUUGGAUUAUCUUACUUGGAACCCUUUUGAUGGGAUUUUAGUUUGCCAUAUACUGGAAAAACUGAAAUUCUUUGGUUUUUGA